GGCCUUUUGUUUCCACUGCAGGUGGACUGAAGUGACAGAUUUCUUGUAGUUCAGAUUCCAGCUGUUCAACUGAAGGCAAACACCAUGUUCGGGUUUUCUGUAAUCGUCUGUGCUGCUCUGAUAUUUGGCGUCACAGCAAAGCCAUAUAAACCCUUGAAUGAACUUGAGAAUGAAGCAUACCAGAUUGCUGUUAUGUCCAUAGAUGACAAAGGAAAGAUGUCCUGGGGAAUGCAAGUGGAGCCUCCAGAGGACAUGGAUAAGACUGACUAUAACAUGGACCGUCCUGUUUUCAGUGAACCUGAGCAGGACUGGGAUGAUGUCUACCACAAAGAGAGAGAGAAGCUGAUGGCAUAUCUGGCCCCAAUGAUGGCUGAGCGCAAGGCCCGUGCAAAGGUCCGUGCUGGGUACUCUGAGCCGGAGAGGGAUGAAGACGAGCUGUACCAUAAGGACGAGCAGUUGUUGCCUGUGCGGAUGGAGAUGCUGAAACACGAGGUCAGGGGUGCAAGUGAUGUCAGAGUUCACCUCGAACCAGAGGAGGACUUUGACGAACUGUACCACCAAGAUGUCCCCCAGCCCGUCCCUUACCAACGUGUCGCUGAGGCCGCCGCUCCUGCUGACGUGCCGUUUCAGAGGAAGCACAGCGAACCCGAGGAAGAUCUGGAUGAUCUUUACCACCAGUGAUCUUUAAUAACUCCCCCUGUCUUGAUCCUUAACUUUUUGAAUCAGACAUAGCCGAUACGCUGUUGCUACGACAGGGACAUAAAUGUGUCUUCUGACUCCAUUAAACUGUUGAAAAGAAUGAACAGUGUUGCCCAUACUGUAUGUAUUUACAGUAGCUGAUAAAGAUACUGUAACACCAA